UAAAAGUAAAGUAUGCUGAGAAGACUGGAAUCCCUCACCGUACUGUCGCUUAAUCGAAAGAGAGAAACGUGAGCGUAUCUGGGAAUCCUGAAUCCAAAAAUGAAUCGAAACAAGUUUUAGGAAGAGAAGCCAAAAAAUCCAUUGCUUGUGUAUUCUGAAAAGUGCUAUUCUCUUAUUCCCAGGGUUCUCAGAUUGACAUGAAAUUUUAAAGCUAACAUUCAGUUCAGAUCUUCAAACUGAGAAUUGAACAUUCCAAACUCAACAGUCAACCUAAUUCGUUCUUUGGCUUGGCCUGUUCAGGUUGCCAUGAAUCUUAUGGCCAAGAAUGAGGUUAUUCCAACAUGAUGGUUUGUUCUCCCAUCAGCACAUGUGCAAAGAACAUUGUCCACUUGAGGGGCCGCAUGGGGAGCAGUCUCUGCAGUGUCAUUUCCUGUCAACCAUCUAGUUCACGCUACUAUUUUUCAUACUCAGGACAUUCCAAGACAAAAUAUACUGAUCUUUCUGUUUCCUAUACAACAUCUGGUUCACCUGCUGUUGGCUACCAAGCAUUUCAAGCAGGCUGCUUUCACUCAUCCAGGCGAAGUAGGAAAUUGCAGUCACUAGUGGUUAAGGAAUCAGUUAGUGAUACAACAAAGCAGAGAAGACAGCUUGAAAUUUCUUGGCCUGGCCAAAGUAUGAAAAUGAAGUUUUUGCUGCCCAAACAAGGAACACUUAAGAAAUUCAAAUGCACUGCAGGACCUAUAUCCUGGCCUCAAGGUUGGGCCUCUGCUGGCUUAGUUUUUGGUUUGUUGGUUUGUUAUUCAAGUUCUGAACCAGUACAUGCAGAAGCUGCUGGGGCAAAGGAGCAUAAGGAAGAUGACUGUGAGUCUUCUCGUGCUAAAUUCUCUCAUGGGAAGAAAGUCUAUACUGACUAUUCUGUUAUUGGAAUACCUGGAGAUGGGAGAUGUAUGUUCCGUUCUGUGGCUCAUGGAGCUUGUUUAAGGUCUGGGAAAUCAGCUCCAAGUGAGCACGUUCAGAGAGAAUUAGCAGAUGACUUACGGGCUAAAGUUGCAGAUGAGUUCAUCAAAAGAAGAAAAGAAACAGAAUGGUUUGUUGAGGGAGAUUUUGAUGCCUAUGUAUCACAAAUAAGGAAGCCACAUGUGUGGGGAGGUGAACCUGAACUGUUCAUGGCUUCUCAUGUUCUAGAGAUGCCAAUCACCGUCUACAUGUACGACAAGGGUGCUGGUGGCUUGAUUGCCAUUGCAGAGUAUGGCCAAGAAUAUGGCACUGAAAAUCCAAUCAGAGUUCUCUAUUAUGGUUUUGGUCACUAUGAUGCAUUGCAGAUGCCUGGAAGGAAGUCUGGUAAAUCAAAACUUUAGCUUUAGAUUCUGACUGGAAAUAAAUAUUACAAUUGAUUUUCUAGAGCUAUGCACAUAGUGUUGUAUAUUUGUAUCAUCUACGUCAAAGAUUUAACUACUUAGUUGCAAAUUACAAUUCAAGAUUUCUAAUCUGUUGUUUGACAUAAUACAAUUACGUUUCGUCCUAA